GCGGGUCCUGGGCACCAGCGGUUCUGACCCCCCCGCCCUCCGCGCCGCACCCGAGUGGCCCCCAGCCGAGCGGGCCCCCACCUCCCGGCCCGGCCUGGGCCCUCCUGCGCCUCCCUUGGCCUUUGUCCGGCGCCAGGAGGCCGGUCCCGCGCCCCCCGCGGCCGCCCGGGCCCGGGCCCGCGUCAGGCGCCUGGCUCUGUACGCGAGCCCGGGGAUCUGCGGCCUCCGCGGCCCCCCUCCCCCGCCCGCCCUCUCGUGGAGCCCGGCGCCGGCGGCGGCUGCCCGGGCGGGGGGUUGCGGCGCUCAGGAGAGGCCCCGGCUCCGCCCCGGGCCUGCCCAGGGGGAGAGCAGAGCGGUCCGCGGCCGGGUCGGGUCGGGGCCCCUCCCAGGAGGAGCGUGGAGCGGCGGCGGCGGCAGUAGAAAUGAUGGAAGAAUUGCAUAGCCUGGACCCUCGAAGGCAGGAAUUAUUAGAGGCCAGGUUUACAGGAGUUGGUGUUAGUAAGGGGCCACUCAAUAGUGAGUCUUCCAACCAGAGCUUGUGCAGCGUGGGGUCCUUGAGUGAUAAAGAAGUAGAGACUCCUGAGAAAAAACAGAAUGACCAGCGAAACCGGAAAAGAAAAGCUGAACCAUAUGAAACUAGCCAAGGGAAAGGCACUCCUAGGGGACAUAAAAUUAGUGAUUACUUUGAGUUUGCUGGGGGAAGCGGGCCAGGAACCAGCCCUGGCAGAAGUGUUCCACCAGUUGCACGAUCCUCACCGCAACAUUCCUUAUCCAAUCCCUUACCGCGGCGAGUAGAGCAGCCUCUCUACGGCUUAGAUGGCAGUGCUGCGAAGGAAGUGUCGGAAGAGCAGUCCGCUCUGCCCACCCUGAUGUCAGUGAUGCUGGCAAAGCCUCGGCUUGACACAGAGCAGCUGGCACAGAGGGGAGCUGGCCUCUGCUUCACUUUCGUUUCAGCUCAGCAAAAUAGUCCCUCCUCUACGGGAUCUGGCAACACAGAGCAUUCCGGCAGCUCCCAAAAACAGAUCUCCAUCCAGCACAGACAGACCCAGUCUGACCUCACAAUAGAAAAAAUAUCUGCACUAGAAAACAGUAAGAAUUCUGACUUAGAAAAGAAGGAGGGAAGAAUAGAUGAUUUGUUAAGAGCCAAUUGUGAUUUGAGGCGACAAAUUGACGAACAGCAAAAGAUGCUAGAGAAGUAUAAAGAACGAUUAAAUCGAUGUGUGACGAUGAGCAAGAAACUCCUUAUAGAAAAGUCAAAACAAGAGAAGAUGGCGUGUAGAGAUAAAAGCAUGCAAGACCGCUUGAGAUUGGGACACUUUACCACCGUUCGACAUGGGGCCUCUUUUACUGAACAAUGGACAGAUGGUUACGCUUUCCAGAACCUUAUCAAGCAACAGGAAAGGAUAAAUUCACAAAGGGAAGAGAUAGAAAGACAACGGAAAAUGUUAGCAAAGCGGAAACCUCCUGCCAUGGGACAGGCCCCUCCAGCAACCAACGAGCAGAAACAGAGGAAAAGCAAGACCAACGGAGCUGAAAAUGAAACGUUAACAUUAGCAGAAUACCAUGAACAAGAAGAAAUCUUCAAACUCAGAUUAGGUCAUCUUAAAAAGGAAGAAGCGGAGAUCCAGGCAGAGCUGGAAAGGCUAGAAAGGGUUAGAAAUCUACAUAUCAGGGAACUAAAAAGGAUACAUAAUGAAGAUAAUUCACAAUUUAAAGAUCAUCCAACGCUAAAUGACAGAUACUUGUUGUUACAUCUUUUGGGUAGAGGAGGUUUCAGUGAAGUUUACAAGGCAUUUGAUCUAACAGAACAAAGAUAUGUAGCUGUGAAAAUUCACCAGUUAAAUAAAAACUGGAGAGAUGAGAAAAAGGAGAAUUACCACAAGCAUGCAUGUAGGGAAUACCGGAUUCACAAAGAACUGGAUCAUCCCAGGAUAGUUAAGCUGUAUGAUUACUUUUCACUGGACACUGACUCAUUUCCUAUUCUGGACUUUCAUGUGAAUGACUCAUGGUUUUGUACAGUAUUAGAGUACUGUGAGGGCAAUGACCUGGACUUCUACCUGAAACAGCACAAAUUAAUGUCGGAGAAAGAGGCGCGAUCCAUUAUUAUGCAGAUUGUGAAUGCUUUAAAGUACUUAAAUGAAAUAAAACCUCCCAUCAUACACUAUGACCUCAAACCAGGUAAUAUUCUUUUAGUAAAUGGUACAGCAUGUGGAGAGAUAAAAAUCACAGAUUUUGGUCUUUCCAAGAUCAUGGAUGAUGAUAGCUACAAUUCCGUGGACGGCAUGGAGCUAACGUCACAGGGUGCUGGUACUUACUGGUAUUUACCACCAGAGUGUUUUGUGGUUGGGAAAGAGCCACCAAAGAUCUCAAAUAAAGUUGACGUCUGGUCAGUGGGUGUGAUCUUCUACCAGUGUCUUUAUGGAAGGAAGCCUUUUGGCCACAACCAGUCCCAGCAAGACAUUCUACAAGAAAAUACUAUUCUUAAAGCUACUGAAGUGCAGUUCCCGCCAAAGCCAGUAGUAACACCAGAAGCAAAGGCGUUUAUUCGACGAUGCCUAGCCUAUCGAAAAGAAGACCGCAUCGACGUCCAGCAGCUGGCCUGUGACCCCUACUUGCUGCCUCACAUCCGAAAGUCGGUCUCCACGAGUAGCCCCGCUGGAGCUGCUAUUGCAUCGACCUCGGGGGCGUCCAAUAACAGUUCUUCGAAUUGAGACCCACUCCUAGGCCGCGAACUGUUCAGCACACACCAAGUGGACAAGUGGCAUUCAGCAGCGGGUUUGGGACAUAGCGAAUCCGAAUGGAUCUCAUGAAACCUGUACCAGGUGCUUUUAUUUUCUUGCUUUUUUCCCAUCCAUAGAGCAUGACAGCAUCGAUUCUCAUUGAGGAGAAACCUUGGGCAGCUCUGGCCAGGCCUUGUAGGAAAAGGCCCCGCCCGAGGUUCCGGCGUCAACGGCCACUGCGUGUGGCUGCUCUGAGUGAGGAAAAAAUUAAAAAGAAAAACUGGUUCCAUGUACUGUGAACUUGAAAACAUGCAGACUCAGGGGGGUCCCUGAUGCAGUGCUUCAGAUGAAGAAUGUGGACUUGAAAAUACAGACUGGGCUAGUCCAGUGUCUAUAUUUAAACUUGUUCUUUUCUUUUAAUAAAGUUUAGGUAACAUCUCCUGAAAAGCUUGUAGCACAAAGGCUCAGCUGGGGAUGGUGUUUGACUUCGGAGGAAAAAAGUUGCUAUUGCCCGUUAAAGGCACUAGAGUUAGUGUUUUAUCCCUAAAUAAUUUCAAUUUUUAAAAACAUGCAGCUUCCCUCCCCCCUUUUUUAUUUUUGAAAGAAUACAUUUGGUCAUAAAGUGAAACCCGUAUUAGCAAGUACGUGGCAACGUUCAUUCCAGUCAGAUGCAGCUUUCUCCUCCGUCUGGUCUCCUGUGUGCAGGCGCUUCCUUCGUCUCAGGAGGGAAAGCGUCGAGUGGGAGGACUGAGGUGUGUGGGGCUUUGCCGUCGGACAAAGAACGAGGUUAGAAGCCCGCAGCUUGGAGUCUCUAGGUUUUCAAUUCUUUCUUCACAAUUUGAACACUUGACGGUUGUCCCUUUUAAUUUAUUUGAAGUGCUAUUUUUUUAAAUAAAGGUUCAUCUGUCCAUGCAGUCCUCUUGGAUUCUCUGAAUGUAGUAACUAUCAAAAACUGUUCCAGAGGUAGGCAGAAAAUGGGCCAGGGAGCCAGAUCCUCCAGGGAUCAGGAGGUCCUCCCCACGGUCUCUAAAUGUGCUUGCUAAAUGGUGUACCUUUCUUGUUAACCACGAUAUUAAAACUUGAUCAGCUCAUAAGCUUUCCUCUGAUAGAUCUUUUGGCAGGAAACAGCCUCCAGCCCUCUAAAUUUUGUGGGUGUGUGCUGGUGUGUGCGUCUGUGUGUGCAUGUGCACACACGCUUUGUCUAACUCACUUUAAUAGAUUGAGCAAGUGGACUUAAAAAAGAAUCGCAGGGAGAUAGGUAUUUUGAACAUGAACAUUCUUUUGGAACUUUCUUCCCCCCCACAUUUGGUUGUUUCUGAGAUGUGUGAUGAACUGAAAACAGAGCUGAAAUGGGAGAUGCAUGGCCCCACCAUGCCCUUGAAACAGCAGAGCACUCGACAGCAGAGAGGGGAGGAGGCCAGAGCGGAGCAUGUGGUAGCCAGCUUGGAAUGUUACUGACAUAUGUGGCAAGAGGGCUCAGCCAGAAAUAUUUAAAGAUGCAGCAUUCAGGCAUGCGAGUUCCCUGGGCAGGGGGAGGGAAGUGGGAAAGGCUAGAGACGCUCGCUAACCCGAGUGUUUCUUCCGUGCCACUGGUGACACUUUUGCUGGCACCUGUGUUGGUUUUGUGCCCCUUCCCUGCCCCGCGCCCCUCGGUAACCAGGUGCUCUUAGGGGAGGAUGGAGUGAUGAUCCCAGUCGGAGAGACGGUGGCGGGUAGGUACCGCCUUGUGGAGCUCUGAGUGGAAGGAAGGCAGCCCUGGAGCUCUUGGCGCCCCCAGCUUUCCAAGUUACCGCAGAUAAAAAUGUUUUUCCAGAUUUCCAUUUUAUCACAAGUGCUUAUACAAGCAUUACACAUGUGAUGUACAUGUCUGUGUAUGUGUGUGGUACCUCUUUAACCGUGACUUUCAGGCUGUUAAGCAGAGAGUCCCUGCGAGUCUCAAAUGUUGAGCGCCCCGGAGGGAUGGUAUGUGCAGGUGUGAAGGAUGAUGAGUCGAGACAGACCCAGAGUAGUAGGUUCUAUUCCUUGUUUUCUCUUCUCAUUCAGUGGUCUUGCAAGGCCUUUUUUUUUUUUUUUUUUUUUAACUUUUUUCAAGAUUGAAAGAAUGCUGCAUCUUUAAACCUUCUGUCUAACUUCUGCCUCCUCCUCCCCAUGGCUUGUGAGUGGAGCUGCGGGACUUUAUUUGUUCAUCUCCCUUCUCUGCCCUUGUCCUGAAGAAGGUAUGCCCUCUCUCCUGGCUCCCCUUGGUUUUUAGCCCUGGUUGGAGCUGACUGGGCUUGCUUGAUUCUGGGCAAGACCUUUCCACUACAUGGACUAGCCCCAGAGAACAUGCAGAAUGCUGACUUUUUCUAGAUUUUGAAGUAGCCAAUGAAAUCACUAAGUGGGGUUCUUCCAUGACAUAUUUUGUUAAUACAGGUUUCACUUUUUCCAAGGAUAAUCCCUUAUUGCCACAAUUGAUUUACUUUAAACAAUGACAAAAAAAUGUGUAUUAAUUUGUAAUUAAACCCAGCCAGACUGUUUUCGACUUUCCCAACUUGGGGGGAGCGGGGGAGGGUGGGGAGGAUAUUAAAAUAAGUUUUGAGAA